AUGAGAUCAGCUACUAAAUUAUUUAAAAAUUUGAGCAAAAGUGUUGUUCAAUUAAAAACUGUUAAACCAGUAUCAUCAUUAAAUUUUGGAUAUAUCAAAACUAGACAAUUUUCAACAUCAACUACUGACUCAUCAAAUUUAUUUUUAAAUAACAAUAAUCAAUUUCAAAAUUUUACUUUCCCAACAAAACAACAAAUUAGAAUCAGAAAACCAGCUCCAGCUUUCAAAGGUCAAGCUGUUGUCAAUGGUGAAUUCAAAGAAAUCUCAUUAGAUGACUACAAAGGUAAAUACUUAUACCUCUUCUUCUACCCAUUAGAUUUCACUUUUGUAUGCCCAACUGAAAUUAUUGCUUUCAGUAAUGCUGCUGAAGAAUUCAAAAAAGCCGGCUGUGAACUUGUUGGUUGUUCAAUUGAUUCACCAUUCACCCAUUUAGCUUGGAUCAAUACCCCACGUAAAGAAGGUGGUUUAGGUGGAAUCAACAUCCCACUCUUAUCCGAUUUAACCCAUCAAAUCUCAAAAGACUACGGUGUUUACAUUGAAGAAGAUGGUCACACCAUUAGAGGUAGCAUUCUCAUCGACAAAGAAGGUCUUGUUAGAGUCAUUACAAUGAACGAUAAUCCAGUUGGCCGUAGUGUAGAUGAAGCAAUCCGUACUUUGAAAGCCUUGAAGUUUACAGAUCAAUUCGGCGAGGUAUGUCCAGCCAAUUGGUCAGAGGGCGAUAAAUCAAUGAAAGCAGAUCCAAAAGGUUCAAAAGAAUACUUUGAAGCUGUUAAUAAAUAA